GAGAGGACUUCCUGAGGACAACAGAUGCCUGAGAAGGUCACAAGCUUGGAAAUCACACUUUCAGCCAUUUUAAACAUUUGGUGACUACUGUGAAGUGAAGUGAAAUAUUAACAAAGAGUAUAGUGACUAUCUGUGAAUAUAACUGUAACAGGUUAUCUAAAUUACUGCAUCUGUUGAUAGAAAGUGAUCUACAAAUCAUGAAAUACAAAGUGAAAAUGUUCUUUCUCAUAGGCUGGUUGUGGGCCCAGAUCCUUGGCCACGAAACCUCUGCAAGAGAGCCAAUCAGAUAUGCAAAAAGUUUAAGUGAAAACAGGUCUCUAGACCAACACAAUUCUACAAUACUGCUGCUAAAACCUCCCCAAAAUGUCAAUACACCUAUGCCAGUGCCAAGUGACAUCCAGAUAGUCCCUGGUGUUGAAAGAAUGCCUCACCAUGAAUAUUUCAACCAUCAUGACACUCAUUUACCAACUCAUAGUAGUAUAGAUGAUAAAGUAAACAUCAUGGAUUUUCUACCCUCUCGAAGGAUAAACAACAGAGGCCCAAUAGAGGAUGAACCCAUAAACACUAAUGCCACAAUUGACCUAUUUGAAUCUUCUAGAGCCUUUGACCAGCCCAGUGACCCUAAGCACAUAUUCAACUCACAUGAAUAUGUAAAUUCAUCAGAACCUUCAAGAGAUUUUGACCAUCCUAGAUAUUCAGAAACCACCCCUAAAUCACAUGACAUAAAUGAACCUUCAAGGACCUACGACAAUGUCAGCCAUUCAGAUUAUACACCAUCACCACAUGACUUACAUGUAGACUUAUCUGAGUCUACCACACCCUCUGACCAAACUAAUGACCAUACACCCAGUCCACAUAAGGUACAUGAUGAAAGCUCCUUUCAACCCACUGACCAAACCAGUUACUCAGGUUAUACACCUUACCCACUUGAUGAGCAUGUAGCCUUAUCAGAAUCUUUGAGACCUUCUGACCAAUUCAACCACUCGGGUCACACAACCAACUCACCUGAGAUACAUAGUACAAGUUCCUUUAUCUCUGAAGAAAAUCCUUUCACUACAAAGAGGAUAGAGAUCUCCAAAGUAUAUGAAGAAGAAUCUAAUGCAAAUGAAGAGCUUGGUGAAAACCCUAUUAUACCUUUGGUAACAUCUAAUGGUUCCGACCUACAAAACAAUACAGAGAUCAAUGAGUCAUACCAAGAUCCAGAAGACAGAAGGCCUUUUGAGAGGGAUAGUCCAAACUACAAAGAAUCUAUCUUUACUGAUCCUGAAGAUAUCCAUGAAAGCCAUGAAAUACCAGAAAAUGCAACUACUAGAUCCUCAGGAAAAAGAAAUCUCUGUCUAGUCUGCUUUUGUGACACAGAAAACAAAAAAGUUUACUGCAAGCAUGAGCACAUUUAUGGUGGCGGAUCACACCAUAUGACUCUCAAGAAAGAGCUUAUCCCUGAAAAUGCCACUUUCCUACACCUUGAAGGCUUUGACACACUAACAAUACCUGAAGACACAUUUGCGAGCCAACACCUCGAACUCCAUAAAAUAGUGUUUGAGGACAUUGGAAGAAUCAACCUCAGCAAGGGUUCACUUGCCUUCAGUCCAAAAGCAAGGGAAAACCGUGAGGUAACCAUCGUUUUUCAAAAGUGCAAAAUUGAGGAGCUGCCUACAGAAGUCUUUACCCAACAUGCUAGAAGUGAGACCCAAGCCAUUGACAAACAACUUGAAGAGACAAGAUUCCUCUCUCUUUAUAUUGAGAACUGUGACAUUUCAACAAUCCGAUACCAUGCACUGUAUAGAGCAAGAAUAUUUCACUUCAACAUGAUCCAUACUAAGGUUACCACGAUGGAGGAGGAAAGUAUCCACCUAGACAUUUAUGAACACUGGCUGAUUGAGAACAGUGAGCUGCCACUCCUACAGACGGGCUCUAUCUGUGUGCGUGCUCAAGGUCCUGUGGUUUUCUCCAAAAACAUCUUGUGGGGGUUGGAGAGCAAGGCAAUAGAAAUUGACUCUACAAAUCAGGUGUUAUUUAAAUACAACGAAGUGAAACACCUGGGCCCUGAGGCAUUGCUCGCCAUACAGCCAAAUGCAGCAGCUGUCAGUGCUAACAUCAUCUUUCUCAACAACACGGUUGUGAAGGCAGAUAAUCAAUCACUUUUGAUCAGCAACCGGUAUCCAGUUCAUGAGCGCAGAGUGCUGGGAAACAGGUUCAAUUUUGUGUGUGACUGUGAGAUUGGUUUACAGUUUCAUGGUCUUAUGGGAAUAACAGAGAACAGUAGCCAUUUUGAAAAUGCAACUUAUAAGGCUGUUCUUGAGGAAUCUCAGUGCAGGAAGUAUGAAGACCUUAUUCUAUAUGAUAACAUCAACAAUUACUUGAAAGACAACUGCUUUCCGGUGCCUCUGCCAAUUGUCAUCUCUUCCACGAUUGUUGCUGUAGCUGUCAUUGUCACCAUAGUAGUGUGUAUUGUUUGCUCGAGACGUGCAGCCCGAGCAAAGGAGGAGGCCUACCUGGGAGAAAGUUGUUUCUCCAAUAGCUUCUCCACUCUGCACUCAAACCACCACCCUCAGGCAACCUCCUAUGGCAGUGACUGCCACUCUUGGGAGCGCUGCAAUAACCUCCAGCCAUGGGUGAUGGCAGUGCCAGAGGUUAAGACUUAUCAGGAGACAGAGGUACAUGUGCUCUAUGAACACACAGAGCCUAUGAAUGUCAGCAUACGUGGGUCAUGUCAUGACCCUAAAGUAGACCUGCAACGUCAGGCUCAAGUACGCGCUUCAUGUCCUUUUAAUUAGAAAAGUUACUAAAUAUGCAAGCGGAGUCAUUUGGCUGGAGUGACCAGGAGUUAAGAAAAUGAACUGUGUAAAAACACAAGUUAAAGAGAAAGAAAAAACUAUUCAUAUUUGUGCAAUUAUGAAGUGACAAGUGUACACUCUGUUCGCUUCUCUAGUUUGAGAAAACAUAUAAAAGAGUGUAAAACAUGAUAGAAAAAUUACAAACUGUGAAUUAAACUAAAUAUCAAUCAUAUAGAGAUGUUCAUGUUCAUCAUCACGCAUUUCUCUUUUUUUAAGUUAUUAUACAUUUAUUACUAAUAACUGAUCUUUGUUAUACACAAACACCAACUUUAUCUUGCACUGUGACUAAAUUAAGUUUACACCACUUUUGUAAAUAUUUCAUUUAGUUUGAUUUUCCAAUAUUUUUGUUCCCAUUAUGAGCAAGUGUCAAGAGUAAGGUAGAAGCCUUACUAAAGCAAACAUGCCAUGCAAUCUGUCUCUCUCAAUCAUAUCUCCUCUCUCAGCAUUAUCACUUUCAUUUUCAACUGUAAGUACUCUAGUGAUAAUUGCUGAACUUCUUGUGAAAAAUACUUUCAUACCCUUCCUUUUUCUACAAAAUAAACAAAAAAAUAACAUAAAAAAGGAAUAAAUUAAAAAUAUUUUUGUAAUCUUGGUUUUACAGCUCCUUUGCACCCUACACAUUAUACCCAAUCUCAUUAUGAAAAUAAAGUGUAUGGCAAAGCCCUGAUGAGUGACGAUAACAUCUAUUUUUAAAGCAGUGUUUAACAUAUCUUGGAGGAUAUGUUUAUCAAAAACCCAUAUUUGUAUCUCCAGAUUUUCAGUUCACAUCCUACAUGUGUUUUGUAUAAGCACUAAAUAGAAUUUCCAUAAAUCAAAGUGAACUUGUAAAAAAUUCAAAGUUGUGCAUGCAUUAAGCAACAACCCACAAACCUAAUCUGUACUUUAUCAUUUUAUGUCUAUAUCUCUGAGCACGUGCAAACCUACACAGAUAUACACCUACAUUCAUGAACAUGAUGACGUAAAUCCUGUACAAAAACAAGAGGCUGUUUCCCCUGAGACAAAGAAAUCCCUAAUGAGCAACUGAUGCUCUUGUUUCCCAACCUCAGAGGAAGCCCUGUGUCACACCCUGCCCAGCUCACAUCCUGUGCUUGGUGUAAAAUCUUCACUGAAAUUCUACACAUGACAAAAGAUGAAGAAAUAAAAGUCUGACUAUAACAAUUAUGUGAAGUUUUGAGUAACUGUUAACUAAAUUGCUUGUGACAACCUAGUUGCUUGUUCAGUAAGAAAAAGAAGAAGAAGAAAAAACAAAUGGCAUGAAAACCCUGGCAAUACAUAUCAAGUAUGUGUUUCAUUCAUAAGUCCAUUAGUACUAGGAAAAAGAAAGAAUAUGAAACUUAAACUAAAUAAAAAUAGGUUUACACAUAUGAACUAAUUUACUUUCACUUAAAUGUGAAAAUAAAGUCACAAAUGAGGUCAUCUGACUGAAGUUUGUUAUGACUCAUGUCUAUCAGGAUAUCCUCAGCAUUUCAAUAACCAUGUACAUAAAUAAAUAAACAUCCCCACAUAUGCACAUACAUAGAAAUAGACAGACAGAUAGCUAUCAUAUAUAUCUGAAAAUGUAUUGUAUUUCCUUAGUCUCUUUUUGUGACAUUACAAUCACAAUCAGAAACAGAAUCACAAUAUCAUAGAUCAUAGGGUUCUGGUCUCGUGAGACAGAGAAGCACUGUAUAGCAUCAAUACAUCAACUGCAUAGCCAUCUUUCUAAUCAAC